UGCUAAACUGUCCACACGCUUUAAACUCUGGAACUGAAGCUGCUUAGAUGUUUAGACAGUACUGACGAAAUGUACCCGUUUACAUGAAGUUGUGAUGAGGAUAGCGAGUCUGGUAACGAGGAUUGUUGUUCUGUGCAGGAAACUAAGUGUCGAUCAGCACAAAAACAGUACACUAGACAUACAACAACAAAGACCCUGUCACCAAUAGACGCUGGGAUGAGGACAUAUGAUUGGUAAAGAGGAUUGUUUUCCUUUGCACAAAAAUAUCCUUAAGUGUCGCUAUGGAAGUACUAAAAUUUGAUGAACCAAGUAAAUCAAUAUCCCCAUGAUUAUCUCAGGUGGAGACAGAUCGCAUGAGUUUAGUAGUGUGGGUGUUCCCAUCGUAGCUUUUUUAAUAUGGCCUUGAAACCUGUGUCCUGCGUUGAGGAAAGCAUUGCUAAGAUAUAUGACCUUUAUUGAUACGCCCCUGAGGAUCAUGCAGAGGUUAACAUUGUUUGCACUUCACUUCAGACUGGUGGAUUGUAAUAUGGGUGAAACCGGUCUUACAAGUCACCAGACGUGCAUCUAAUUUAAACAAUAUUCUAUUAAAAAAAUGAAUACCAUUGGGCAGCAGGUACAGCCUAUUUUAGCCCUCUCCCUAAUUAAUGACAUACAUGUGUGACGGACCAAAGAAUCAUAACAUCCCAAUCUACAUACAAUGAAACUAAGCCGAAAUUCAAUACUCAGCUGCAGCAAUAAGAAACAAAAUGAGUUCAAAUUACACAGAUGUCCCCAAAAAUAUUCAUAUUGAUGAAAGACUUUAUAUAACAUUUGUACACUAACACUAUAUGACUGUCUCACCCGGUCACAAUCUGGGGUUGCGAAACUCACAGUUUUGGUACAUUAUCCUUUGCUUCUUCUAAAUAUGCAUUUUGUUUUGCCAUACCAUAUCAUAAAAUUUAAAGGAAUCUGUUUACAAUUAUUAGCAUAAAGCUGACCCUACCCUGGAAUUGAAGCCCCUAACCCUGGGUCAUAAAAAUCAGAACUCGGUAUAGAAUUCCUUCUAAAAACCUAUUUAGUUUCAACUUAGCAUCAAUACUAUUAUACAUGUUAUCCUUAAUGUUUUACUCAUACACAUUAUCUCUCAUUUUGACCUCAACCUGGAUUCAGAACCUGAAAUGAUUAACAUCCGGUCCAGAUAGUCUGCGGAUCCCUUACGGCUCCCGCGACCACUUGUUAUAAAGUGCAAUAUCAAUACUGAUUCUUGAUAAAUGAUCUGGACUAUGCAUCGAGUCCAUGAUUUGCAGAAAAGUUAUACAAAUAAGUGAAUAGAUAUGGCAAUUGUGUUAUAGCGUAUUAGCAUAUUUUACAAUGAUUAAUGAUUAAACGAAUACAUGUAUAUAUCCAUGGUUUGAGUUGUGUUUGAUGAGGGAUAAAAAUUUCCUAUAUCUGUGUGCAAUUCUAUUUUCAAUUUAUUAUCUUAUUUUUUCACCAAUACCAUUUCAUUUGUUUUUAAUCCUUUGAAUACAAUUUACUUAGGGGUAUAUUGAUGGAAACUUGACUCAAUAGAGCAGAUCGAUACGUGACAUUUAAAACUCUAUAAAAUGUAGAUCUUUUACGUUAUUUUUUAUAUCAUUUUUUCCCCAAUUUUAACUGAGUUACAUGAAAGUCAAUAGAAAUUAUUCUAUCAAUUGUUUUAAGAUUCUGGGAAUUUUCUCUACGUUACAGUAGGGAUCGGGCUCAACAUUUCCAUUAUUUUUGUUGACAACAUGCAUGAGUUACUGCAGAUGAUAAAAUGAUUAUGUUUAAAACCACGAGGAAAUAAUGAAUGCAUAUUUCUUUCCAUGGUAGGAUUAAUUUUAAGUCUACCUCCAUAGAGAAAAGAGUUCUAAAAAGUCAGACGUAAAUCGCAAUCGUAAGUGUUACGACUACCAUAGGUUUCGUGAAACGCUCGUAUACGUACAAGUCAAAUGAUCCUAAACGUAAUUGUACGUUUACGAUCUACGAUCGAUUAGUGAAACGGACGCCAGACCUACCCGAAGUUAUUCAUUGACUGUUUCAAUAUUUUUUUUUCUGAAAAUAAACCGAAUUCAUAUUUUUAAAAAAUAAACAUUUCUUCCAGAAUAAUCCUACAUGGUCUCUUGUAGGGGUCUGGGAUUUAAAAGCUCCUCAGUACCCCUUGCUGGCCGUAAGAGGAAAUUAAAUAGGGUGCUCCUUCGGAUGAGACCGUAAAAAUCGAAGUCACGUGUCACAGCAGGUGUGGCACAUUGCAUAUCCCUCUCUGCGGAAGAGCCGUAAGUGCCGAACUUGGCAGACAUACACCGGCAAUGGUGACGUGUCCAUAUGAGUGACAAAUUAUUGAGCGGUACAAUAUAAAUGCGAUAUAAAUGCAAUAAAUCCUACAUGGUCAUAAUAAACCUAUAAUUUUUUGAGAAUCACGUCACAUAUUAACACAAACGUCGGGUUUUUUUUUGAGAGUGUUCAAAAUUAAAAUACAUGUAAGUUGUGUUUUGUUUGUUUUGAAGACAUUGCAUUGAGAAAAUCGAAUGGAAUGGAGAAAGGUUUUACAAUCAUUAGCCAUAUAGCCGUCAUUCUCCAAGAAUAAUCAUAUAAUUACAUUCACUACACCGCCGCUCCAAUUAUUGUAACGCAGUUACGUGAUAGAGAUGAAAGUAAGAGGUAAAAAAGUCCUUGUCUUUUGAUUAUUUACACAUCUUUAAAUUUCAAUAAAUUUAUGUACAAAUGUUAAAAAAUACACACAUGGGCGGCUGUAGUUAUAGACAUAUACAGAAACAUAUACACAUAUUUACAUUCAACAUAUUAUUUAUAUGUCAAUGCCCCGACGCCAAACCUACACACCAGGUUUCUGAAUGUUUAUUUUUUCACAGGGGGGGGGGGGGUCUAGUGCAAACUAUAGUGAUCAAAGUGUAUUCAUUCAUUAUUUUGUGUCUGCAGAUUUUGAAACUGCGUUGGCCCUUUAUCCAAUACUCCGGUGUUAAGAGGCUCGGGUGUUUAUUUAUUGAUUGUUUGUUUGAUUAUUUGAAGUCUGGUCGUGAAUAUGUACCUCACAUAAACACAUCACCAACUGUCUGUAGGUGAAGUGUCACACAUAAAGCUCUGGCUCGUAGUUGGUAGCAGUGAGGAUUCUUUAUCGCGACAACACAUGACCUUCCGUUUUGAGGCCAUAUCCUAAUGACCCGUCAUUCUUACUUCCGAUCGUUUUCUGAAGUGCAGCCACGACCCAUUUGUACGUCUUAGACAUGAGGCGACCAUGAUACGAGCGGCGUUCGAACUCAAUAAGCGAACGCUCUACCACUUGACCUAACGCGACCAUGGUACGGACGGUGCUAGAACUCACCAAGCGAACGCUCUACCUUUGAACUACCGCGAUGAUGGUACGAGCGGCCCUCAAACUCAGGAAGCGAAUGAUUUACCUCUGGACUACCGUGACUAUGGUACGAGCGGUGCUCGAACUCACUAAACGAAGGAUUUGCCACGCGACCGAUAUGUAGGCUCAGGGUAUAUCUACUCAUAUACUUUCAAAAACUAAGACAUUUCUAAAUAUUGAUACACAAAAUGUGAAGAUAACGAACGGUGACCAAUCUCAUAGUUCCUAUAAGCAAUAUAUCAAAAGUAUUUUAACAAUAAACUCAUUCUGUACUCUUUAGGCCAAGUGUAUUGAUAUUCAGUGAUUGGCUUAGUUAAAAAAAGAUUUAGAAGUUGAUGAUAUAUUAACCCUUAGUUUCUGUAAGUAAAUGUAUGUCGCUUACUUGCUGACUUAGCGCUAUAGUGUACAGAUAAACACCACGGCAAAUACAGGUUAAAUAAAGGUUAAACUCUGAUUAGUACACAGGAUCUCGCAAAUCAUUAAACCACACACAUUUCUAUACGUGAGCAUUUAAUAAAUUGCGUAGCAGGAUGUUGUAUACACAAGUGAUUUAUGAAACGGAACAGCCUGACCUUUAAACUUGAAUAAGGAGAUCGCUAUUCUAAUAACACGUGCUGUGUAUACAAAAUUCUAGAGCUGGGUUAGAUCAAAACAAGAUGAGUUUUAAAAUAUUGAAAAACGAGAUUUAUAUCAAUAUCCUUUUGACGACCGGAAUUUUUCAAUAAUGUUCCUCUGAAGGGAAUUAGGGAUUAAAUAAUAUGGAAAAUAUGAUCCACUGUAUAAAAUACAAACUCUGUACCAUGGAAACGUAUGUUUCAUAUUCUACAGAAUGAAGGUCAGGAUCGGUCCUCGUAUCUAAUGGUCAAGACACAAUGGUCAGUCCUUUAUUUUAGGGUGACUUUUUGUUUAAACUUUAUUCCUUCACCUUCUAUUAAAUGUUAUGUUUUCUUACGCCUAGUCUUUGUGCGUGCCUAUUAAGCCGAACAUAUACUGACUAAAGUUUAAAGCUUAUCACGUGUUUGAGAAUGUAUAAAAUUAUACAAAAUAAAGGCAGACCUUUGUAAUAUCAACAAUUCAUACAUAUAGAAAGUCACGCCCUCUUAUUGAUCUAUUAUAAAUAUCCUGUGAUACCCUCCUCUAGGACCCAGCGCAGGGGAUGAUACAUGUUAAUACCAUUCAUGUGAUUAUGCCAGGUUGUCCUCUUUUUGACCAUUACGCAUUUUAAGCUAAUGAUAUAGAACAGGGUCGAUCUCGCACAGCAUAUUUUUUGCUAGACUGUUUCCCAUAAUCAUGCAAAAUACUUUGUUGAAGCAAGUAACUCAAGAAAAAUAUGAGUUCAGGGCAGAACGUAGGCUUACAUUUGUGACGCAAACAUUAAAGGAAAAGGACGGAAACAACAGUGGCGGAUCUAAAAUCUUAGGUCACGCCUCCUGGAUUGUUUCUACCUACCUCUAAAUAGUUUGAGUGCCAAUGAAAAUGGCUGUUUUCGCACUUCCCGUCAUCACGUGACAGGGCGGGAGGUAUAUAUUGUAGUUUGGCGCGCAGAUUACAUUCACUCAUUAUCAGGUCGAUAUACCGAGAAGAAGCGCCUGGCUGUACAGAGGUGGAUAUUUACAGUAAACUACUCAUGUGACACCUGACCCCAGAGAUGGACCCACGUGCUCAGUACGUUCUACUGUGUGACCUCUGUGAAAGUGACCCCCUACAAUAUUGCUGUGAACAUUGUGAUAUAAAUCUGUGUACUGACUGUGUCAGCAAACAUCUUUCAGAUUCCUCUAAAAAACACAACGUCAUGCCGUAUCAUUUACACCGAAAGUUUAUUCCUAGAUACUCAAUAUGUGUGAAACACGCCGACAAAGAUUGUGAAAUGUACUGUGAGAAAUGCGUUCUUCCUGUCUGUUCUAUUUGUGUCACUUCCGGUAAACACGAAGGUCACAGGUUAACUGAUGUUCUGGAAAAAUUGGGCUUUGAAAAACAAAGUUUGAAAAAAGAUUUGGAAGAACUAAAGACCAGAAUUUACCCCCGAUAUGAAGAAAUGGCGUCCGAUGUCCAAAGUGAAAAAGCCGAGUUAGAAACGAAUUACGGAAACAUGACUACUGCUGCUGACCAACAAGGAGAUGUUUGGCACCGCGAGGUCAACGCCAUUGUUAGCCAACGGAAGUCAGACAUUGAAGAGACAAAAACUAAACAUAUGGCUCUGUUAGAGAAACACUCAAACGAAAUCACGCACAGAAUGACUGAAAUCAAACAGGUCAUUCUAGAAAUGAAAAACAUUCUGGGCACCAAUGAUAUUUCCUUAACAUCUACUUACAAAUCUAGAAAUGAUGAAUUCAAUAAGCUUCCUUCUAAAAUCAAAGUUACAUUACCAAGCUUAUCUACUCCAACAAUUAACACAGAAAAACUUAAUGAGAUGUUUGGUUCAUUAUCCUCAUUAUCCGUUAUAACAGUCAGACCACUGCUUGCUGAACCGCGAUACACUGCCACAAUCAAAACUGGAUAUUACAGACUACUCAGUGUAAGAUGCCUCAUUGAUGAAGAAGUCUGGACAUGUGGGGAUAACAAAACCAUGAAGCUCCUCAACCUCCAGAGUAAACUACUAGCAUCACUACAAACCAAGUCAGGAAACUUACCAACGGACAUAGCAGUUACACGGGACGGAGAUCUUGUUUAUACUGACUAUCAUAAUAAAACUGUAAACCUAGUGAAGAAUAAAAAGAUCCGGACCGUAGUCAUACUACAGGACUGGACACCUUUCUAUAUCUGCAGUAUUUCAUCUGAUGAUGUGUUGGUUACCAUGGUCAGCGAUGACGGAAAACAAUCCAAAGUUGUGCGUUACUCCGGCUCCACUGAGAAACAAACAAUUCAGUUUGAUGAUCAGGAUCGUCCAUUCUAUUCAUUUGGUUAUUACCCUCACUACAUCAGUGAGAAUAGGAACCUGAAUAUCUGUGUGGCUGACUCUUCAGCUAAAGAAUUGGUAGUGGUUGAUCAGUCCGGAAAACUUCGAUUUAGAUACUCUGGUCAUCCCUCUAAUACCAAGCAAUCAUUUGAUCCACGCGGUAUCACUACAGACAGCCAGAGUCACAUCCUGACAACAGACCAUAGCAAUCACCGUAUCCACAUCCUAGAUCAGGACGGAGAGUUCCUCCGUUACAUUCAGAAUUUAGAGCAUCCAUACGGUUUAUGUGUGGAUAUCAGAGACAACCUCUUUGUGGCUGAGCAUCACACUGGUAAAGUGAAGAAAAUCAAAUAUAUAUAAACACAGUGUUAAUUACGCAGCUCAACACAGUGUUAAUUGCACAUCUCUACACAGUGUUAAUUACAUAUCUAAACACAUUGUUAAUUACACAUCUACACAGUCAUGCGUUGAUUACAAAUAUGUUAAUUAUACCAGUCUCUGAUAUUGGUAAUUAACGUCUGUAUUACCAGUAAAUGUGUAUUUGUUCAUGUGUGUCUGAUUGAACAUUAUUUUGUUUGUUAUUUGUGUUAUGACUUAAUGUAUAUAAAGAUACACAAUAUUUAGAUGGA